AUGCUCGAGGAGGACGAGAAGAAGAAGGCCGAGGAGAAGCCCGCCGCCGGCAAGGCCGACGAGGAGGAGGACGAGUACGACGACGAGGACGAGGCCGACAAGAAGGACAAGAAGGCGCCCGAGGAGAAGCUGGACGCUGACGAGGACGCCGACAAGGAGGAGGACGAGGAGGAGGACGAGAAGGACGAGCUCUGA